AUGAAGUUGCUCAGAGCUGCUUGCUCUCCCCUCCAGCUCCUGCUCUCUGGCCAAGGCGCUGCUCACACCCCCCGGCUCCGGGCUUGUUGCACUUUCAAUGUCACUGCCUACAUGCCCGAAGCGGCAGCUUUCCCCGGGGUCCGGGAUUACCCGGGGCUCCGCGAUUACUCGGUGCAACAGCCCGACAGUUUCUGGGGAGCCCUAGCCCAGGGCAGGCUCUCCUGGAUCAGCCCCUUCCACACGGUCAGUGACUGCGACCUGAGCCAGGGCACUAUCCGCUGGUUCCAGGGAGGACGCCUCAAUGUCUCAGUGAACUGCAUUGACCGCCAUGUCCACACCUCUCCUGACAAAGUGGCUUUAAUCUGGGAGAGAGAUGAGCCUGGUGCUCAUGUGAAGAUUACCUACAGGCAGCUCCUGGAGAUGACCUGUCGUCUGGCCAACACUCUGAAAAGGCAAGGUGUCCGCAAAGGAGAUCGGGUGGUCAUCUACAUACCAGCCUCACCAAUCGCAGUGGCAUCGAUGCUGGCCUGUGCCCGUAUUGGAGCCGUACACACUGUGGUGUUUGCGGGAUUCAGUGCAGAGGCUUUGGCUGAUAGGAUUCGAGAUGCACAGUGUGAGAUCGUGAUCACUGCCAACCAGGCUCUGAGGGGUGGACAGGUCAUCAAGUUGAAGAAAACUGUGGAUCAAGCAGUGAAACAGUGUCCUUCAGUCAAGCGAGUGCUUAUCGCAACAAGAACAGAGAACAAGGUCCCAAUGUCGGAUAUUGACAUUCCCCUCGAGGAGGAAAUGAUGAAAGAAGAACCAGCCUGUGAACCCGUUGCCAUGGAGAGUGAGGACAUGUUGUUCCUGUUGUACACGUCAGGGAGCACAGGGAAGCCGAAGGGUGUGGUACACACACAGGCAGGUUUCCUGCUGUACGCGGCUCUCACACAUAGGUAUGUGUUUGAUUACCAUGAUGGUGAUGUAUUUGGCUGUGUUGCGGAUGUUGGUUGGAUCACUGGGCACAGCUACGUGGUGUUUGGACCUCUGUGCAAUGGAGGAACCACCGUGCUGUUUGAGAGUACUCCAGUCUACCCGAAUCCAGGUCGUUACUGGGAGAUGGUUGAAAGGUUAAAGGUCAACCAGUUCUAUGGAGCGCCCACUGCAGUUCGACUCCUGCUGAAGUAUGGAGAUACCUGGGUGAAGUCACAUGACCGGUCUUCUCUGAAAACGCUGGGCACAGUUGGAGAGCCCAUCAACCCUGAGGCAUGGGACUGGUAUUAUAGAGUUGUUGGGGAUGGCAAAUGCCCAGUGGUGGAUACUUGGUGGCAGACAGAGACUGGCGGUAUCUGUAUCGCUCCUCGGCCUGCAGAUAGAGGUGCCAAGAUACUCCCAGCUAUGGCAAUGAGACCCUUCUUCGGAAUCGACCCAGUACUCAUGAACGAGCAGGGUCAGAGAUUAAUGGGGAACGCAAUCUCCGGAUCACUCUGCAUCGCACAGCCAUGGCCAGGGAUGGCUCGGACUAUCUACAAUGACCACAACCGAUUUGUGAACACCUAUUUUAAAGCCUUCCCCAACCAUUUCUUCACUGGAGAUGGAGCAUACAGAUCUGAAGAGGGAUAUUACCAGAUUACAGGAAGGUUGGAUGAUGUUAUCAACAUCAGUGGUCAUAGGCUGGGCACUGCUGAAAUUGAAGGUGCAGUGAACCAACACCAAGCUGUGGCCGAGUCUGCAGCCAUUGGAUGUGCCCACGAGAUCAAAGGGGAAGGGUCUUAUGUCUUCAUUGUUCUGAAGGAUGGGAUGGUCGUUGCUGAGGACGUCUUCGAUAAGGAACUCAAAGACAUUGUCUCCCAAAAGAUAGCCAAAUAUGCUGCUCCUGAUCAAAUCCAGAUUGUGCACAGACUUCCUAAAACCCGCUCAGGAAAGAUAAUGCGUCGAGUUCUGAGGAAGAUUGUGGAAAAUAAAAUCGAUGAGCUCGGUGACCUUACUACCCUGGAUGAUCACACAGCUGUGCAGGAAAUUAUCGAUGGCCAUAAGCAGGUUCAGAAAAAUGAAGCUAAAUAUUAACUUGGAGACAUCGUGCCAGGGAUUUUAAAUACACACCGGUUUUAUUUUUAAAAGAUUAUAUUCAAUGCAACAUAUUAUGACCAAAAUGACCUAACUCCUGACAGCCCUCAUUGCAGAGAUGUGUAAUCUGGAAUGGAACUCUGUUUCUUUAUUAUAAUGCCAUUGUAACUGAAUUACCCAGCAGUGCUCUCUCCAUCACAGUUCACAGGACAACCACUCUGUGGCAGGAACUGUGGCUAUCCAACAACUAGAGGAGAGAGUGUGGAACAAACUGGGGGAAAUGUGGAAUGGCUGAUGCUUUGGCACUGUGAAUAGCCAAGGUUCACAUUUUACAUUGACGAUACACUGUGCCCAGGUAAGGAGCAGUACGAUGAUCCAGUCUGACCAUUCUGAUGGUAUCUGCUAGGUAUUUCUGUCAAAACUGCAGAUAAAUUGCUUCAUCUCUGGAGUAUAUUGGGAGGAUCAGAAGGCCAGAUUUUUGAGGUGGUCCCUCUCGCCAACUCUUGUGAAUUUCGAGAGAAAGAAUGAGAGAGAGAAAAAGUGACUUCUGUGCUCCUCUACAGUCACAACAUGAUCCUUGCCAAAGCAUUAUUUUUCAAACCUGCUUGUUUGUUUUUGAAUUAAAGAGCUGCAUGCCAUGAUUAAAACUCAGGUACACUUCACUGACAGAAGGCAGAGAACAGCUUCAACCUCAAUAGUUCAGGUUCUCUCCUUGGUUGGCUUGUUAUGUAGAAAAUACAAGACUGCAGGAACUUUGAUUUUUAAAAGCAGGUCAUCAUGAAAUGUCCUAUGUAAUGAUUAGCACCAAUGGAAAUUUGCAAGCUGAAUGUUGCCAUGGUUGCCUCAGUGACCUCUGGACUUAUUAAACACACAACUCCUUGAAUAGUGGCCAACAUGAUUGAUCCAAUACACCAUUUUUACUGGAAAUAAAUCUCAAACCUAGCCUUGAAUAUCUGCGAACUGAGAAACAUGGUUCACUUAAACUCACUUUUCUUUUGGAUGUUUGUUUUCAGCUUCAAUGACAAAGUGUUCUCUGGAGCAAACUAGUAAUUGAA